AUCAGCUUGCAGCGAGCGAGGAUUUAAACCAAGACUGCCAACCUGAACCUACACCGCAUCGUUCUCCAUUACGAUUGUCCGCCUCGUUGUUGAAGAAACACACAUCCCGAAAUGGCUCUUCGAGUGACCAGAAACCGCUUGGCUUCCACCAGGCCCGACCUCGCUGGGAAGGCCUGCACGGCCGCCGGGCCCGCAAUGAAGCCUCGAGCUGCGCUCGGAGAAAUCGGAAACAUCGCAAAUAACAACAAAGAAGUUCAGAAGAAGCUUGUCAAGCGAGAGCCCACUAAGAAGACCAAACCAGUCACCAGGAAAGCAGUUGUUGAACAACCUAAACCAGAAAAUGUUGUUCCUGCCAAGCCUGAGCCCAAGGUGCAGGUGGAGGUGGAGGUUCUCCCGGAGCCAGCAUCCCCCACGCCAAUGGAGACCUCUGGCUGCGCGCCCGCUGACCUCUGCCAAGCGUUUUCUGAUGUCAUGCUUCACGCCGCUGUCCGGGACGUGGAUGCAGACGACUAUGACAACCCCAUGCUCUGCAGCGAAUACGUCAAAGACAUCUACAAGUACCUCAGACAACUUGAGGUCGAGCAGAACGUCAAACCCGCUUACCUGCAGGGUCAGGAGGUCACUGGUAACAUGCGGGCCAUUCUCAUUGACUGGCUGGUGCAAGUGAGCCUGAAGUUCCGCCUACUGCAGGAGACCAUGUACAUGACCGUAGGAAUCAUUGACCGCUUUCUUCAGGAGAAACCGGUCCCCAAGAAGCAGCUGCAGCUCGUCGGUGUGACUGCAAUGUUCCUCGCUUCCAAAUACGAGGAGAUGUAUCCACCUGAGAUCUCCGACUUUGCCUACGUUACCGACCGGGCCUACACCACCGCCCAGAUCCGAGACAUGGAGAUGACAAUUCUGCGGGUGCUCAAGUUCCAACUGGGCCGCCCUCUUCCCCUUCAGUUCCUGAGAAGGGCGUCAAAGAUUCACGAGGUAACUGCAGAGCAACACACGCUGGCCAAAUACCUCCUGGAGCUCACCAUGGUGGACUAUGAGAUGGCUCACUUCCCCCCUUCCAUGGUGGCAAGCGCUUCGUUGGCUCUCACCCUCAAGAUCUUGGACGCUGGCGACUGGGAUGUGACACUGCAGCACUACAUGGACUACACCGCAGAGAGUUUGAUUCCUGUGAUGUCACACAUUGCCAAGAAUGUUGUGAAGGUGAAUGAUGGGCUGACCAAGCACAUGGCCAUUAAAGGAAAGUACUCCACUUCCAAACAACUGCGGAUUGCCUGCAUCUCGCAGCUAAAGUCUUCGGUGUUGAAGGAUUUGGCAUCGCAGCUCCCUCAGUGAGGGGGGGGAGGGGCAUGUGUUGACACCAUGUGCCGACUUGGACAGUAGUAACGUAAAACACAUUUGAGAGCGCCUAGUAGUUCAUUUUUCCUGUUGUAAUUUGAACGCAGGCCCUUCAUAUAGCUUGGCCCCCACACUAGCAGUUUAUUUUGGGAAGAGCCUGAGGUCUGUAGCAAACUAUCUUGGCUGCGUAUCUGACCAUAUUUUAAAAUUCAUAGUCUUUCUAUAAUUUUCCCACGUCCAGACGAGCUAUUUUUAUUGCUUUAAAACUGCUGGGAAGCGUUAAUCUAAAACGCGUGGCAUACUACAAAGGGGCCAGUGUAGAGGUGUGUUUUUUUAUUUUUAAAAUGUGUUUUUAAUUCUGUGUAAAGUGUACAGCUACGAUUUUAUGUCCUUGACUGUCUUGUUCUUAAAGCCUCUAUUAAAUGGUUUCAACCAGA